UGAGAGCUGAGUGAAGGAAAUAAUAAAAAAAUAUUUUGUGGGAAAUCUAUAUUGUGGGAAUUGUGUGAUAGUGCGCUCGUGCUGAGGAGUGACGUUUUGGGAGGAAAGCGCACCAUAUAAGUCCAUCAGACUACAUCUUUGUAAGCUGUAUACACCAAACGCCCAGAUUCCACUGUAGCCCCUACAUUCAUAUGGCCUGAGGCCAUCAUGGCUAUUAUAAGAAAUGCAAAUGACUUCAGCAAUUUUUCCAUCAGCACAGAUGACAGCAGCUUGAACAAUUUUUUUACUGAGAUCCCUGAAACAGAGACCAUUAAAGGCGUGUACUUUCAGCGAGCCCAGCUACUACGUGAUCCCUCUGCACUCACAAACGUUGACCACAGCAAACUUGCCCUGGUGAAUGUUGGUGGGGAUCGUUACACAUUUGCCUGGAGCACACUGGAUGACUUCCCACUUUCCCGUCUGGGUCAGCUACGUCACUGCAGCAGUCCUGAAGACAUUGCCAGGCUCUGUGAUGACUAUGAUGAGGUGAACCGUGAGUUCUUCUUUGAUCGCAGUGCCACUGCUUUCCGUGUCAUCCUUAACUUCCUGGCAGCGGGCAAGCUGAGGCUGCUGAGGCAGGCAUGCGCUGUUUUUCUCUCUGAUGAGCUCUCUUACUGGGGCAUCGAGCCCACUGGCAUGGAGCAUUGCUGCAGGCGAGCUAUGAUCACCUGCCUCGACGAGCUGGCUGAAAGGAAGAGAAAAGAGGAAGCUAGGAGGCAAAAGAGGCUGAUGAAACAACCUACACGAGAGAAAGAGAAAGGGUUCCGUGGCUUCUUGGGCCAUUUUAAGGACAUUGUGGAUAACCCACACUCUGGCUGGCUGGGCAAGAGCUUUGCCUGUGUCUCUGUGGUUAUGAUUGCUGUGACCGUGUUCAGUUUGUGUAUCAGCAGCUUGCCUCAUCUCAGAGAGGAAGAGAGUCGAGGAGAAUGUUCACUGAGGUGUCAACAGAUAUUCAUCGUGGAGACUGUGUGCGUGGUUUGGUUUACUCUUGAGCUCCUGCUACGAUUUCUGCAGGCCCGGAGCAAGCUAGAAUUUGCCCGUGGGCCUCUUAACAUCAUCGACGCUGUGGCCAUUCUUCCUUACUACAUCUCCCUUCUGGUGGAUGAGAGAGAUCUGAGGCUGGGAGAUACUACGACUGUUGGUGGAGGGUAUUUGGAUAAGCUGGGUCUGAUCCUAAGGCUCAUGCGUGCCCUGCGCAUCCUGUAUGUCAUGCGGUUGGCGAGGCAUUCACUAGGUUUGCAGACACUCGGCCUAACAGUGCAGAGGAGCAUGCAUGAUUUUGGUCUACUGCUACUUUUUGUGUGUGUGGCGGUCACUUUGUUCUCCCCUCUCAUACACUUGACUGAGAGUGAGAGGCAUGGCUUCAGCAGCAUCCCUGCCUGCUUUUGGUGGGCCAUCAUCUCCAUGACCACAGUGGGCUAUGGCGACAUGGUUCCACGCACCAUUCCUGGUCAAGCAGUAGCCUUCAGUGCGAUCCUGAGCGGCAUUCUAAUCAUGGCCUUUCCAGCUACCUCUAUUUUUCAUGUGUUCUCACGCUCCUACCGUGAGCUGAGACAGGAACACGAAAUGAUGUGCAAAGAUGAAAGAGUAGCAUUAUUAACCACGGAGGAGGUUUGGACAGACUCGGACAGGAAUUCCUACUGUUGGACACAAAAUUAUCCCAACAAACUACAUGAGGGUGAGAAAAGGGAUGGGUUUAAAAAAUCUGUUUUAGCAGCUACAGCAUGCUCGGACAUGCUGUAAAU